UUAUUUGUGAUUGGCUUGAAAUGUAUAAAUAUAAAGAAGAACUAACGAACCAAUGGAGAAGUAGUGAUAUUUGAGUAAAGGAAAUAUAAAUAAAAUGUUAACUGCAGGAUCUAUGGAGUAGAUUUAAUAAUGUUUACGAUUCUUUCAACUCUUGUAUGAAAGUGUUUAUAAGAAACUGUUGAGCUCUUUCUCUUCAACGAGGCGGCCAAGCAGCAGACGCCAACAUGCAGAUGUUCGUGAAGACCCUGAUGGGCAAGACCAUCACUCUUGAGGUCGAGCCCAGUGACACCAUCGAGAAUGUCAAGGCCAAGAUCCAAGACAAGGAAGGCAUCCCGCCUGACCAGCAGAGGUUGAUAUUCGCUGGCAAACAGCUGGAGGAUGGCCGCACCCUGUCCCACUACAACAUCCAGAAAGAGUCCACCUUGCACCUGGUGCUGCGUCUGCGCGGUGGCAUAAUCGAGCCAUCCCUUCCUCAGCUUGCCCAGAAGUACAACUGUGACAAGAUGAUCUGCUACACACGCCUGCACCUUCGUGCAGUCAACUGCCGCAAGAAGUGCGGCCAUACUAACAACCUGCGCCCCAAGAAGAAGAUCAAAUAA